AUGUUAAAUGAGACGACGAUUUACGGCGCUUUCAGAGACUACCAUGCGUAUUAUGAGGUGGUGGUGGCGGUCAUCUCUAGCCUGCUUAAUGGACUACUCAUGUAUUUGGUGAUGACAACAGAGAACCGGGUAAUGAGGAGCUAUGGGUGGAUUGUGCGGAUGAGCGUGGCUAGUGACUUCAUUUUCACCAUCGUCAAUGUGGUUUCAAUGGAGGUGAGUUAUGGAGCACACUGCAGUUUAUUGACCAUGUCAUCGUGUAUACAUAUAUUAGGUUGUCCAACAAAUAAUGACCCUCUGUGAGAGGGGAAAAGUUUAAAGCCUCUAAAAAAGGCAAGCGAUGAUGGAAUUUUGAAAUAUUACAACAUUUUGUAGCUGAGAUUUCAGGCUUUCGUUUGAUGUAUCGUUUGUCAUAUUGGGACCAAAUUCCAGUAAUUUAGCCCUAAUCGAAAAUUAUCAAAAAAAGUCGGUUCGUGCUGUCAUCUUUUACGGGCAAAAACAGGACGCGAAAGUUUCAGAAGCUACGCAAAGUAUCAACGCUGUGUUCGACUAGUGUGUUCUGAGUCUGAACACGGUGAAACGAUGGAUUUAAAAAUUACGAUUUGACGGCAAGGGACCCAAAGAUAAAGUACGGAAUCCGAACUUUAUCAAUUUACCCUGAGGUCGUCGGUUGGCGAACAUCCUAGAAUCAACAUUCAACGCGUCUCUGACGUCGUCUGGCUGUUGAAAUAAUCGGCGGCUAACCAUUCGAUGUCGAUGGAAUUCAAAAAAUGCUCGGCAAAUUUUUCCCAUUUUAUUGGAUCAAAGCAAAGAGUGGAAGCAUUACAUUUCUCGCGUUUGCGUGCCGUUUUCUGGAUCGAAUCGUUGCCUCUGAUGGAAAGAGGACCUACUGGGACAACCAGACCGGAUAUGCUGAACGGAGGCCUCCUAGGGUAUCACUGCGGGACUUGUCAAAGCCCGACUCUCCCCAAAACAAGGUGAUAACUACUUCUUGAUGGUGCAGCAUGGGAAUAGUACAAUACAGCUUCUUGAAAGCUGGCCAAAAUGUAGAUACCAUACCCUACUGUAUCCAGAUAGACAGUUUUUUGGCAGCGUCUGUCUUCAACGAUGCGCCGCAGAAGUCCAAAAAUUGUUAGCGGCUACACGGAACCUCCCCUUUGAAAGAUGACCCUCCAGAAGCGGAUUUAAUAGAGAUAGGAGACUGUCCCUUGUCCAGCCUUUUUGUCAAAGCUGGUCUAUACACAUUACCAUCAGUUCAAGAAUCUAGGACGUUUCAUCAGUGGUAGAGAAUUCGACAAUCAAGACACCCUUGAAAAGGCCUUCAAAAGUUUCAUCGGCUCCAGAAGCCGGGGUUCCUAAGCUACAGACAUAAAAAACUUUUUGCCACGUUGUAACAAGCGUGAUAAAGCACAUGAUAAUUUUUUUGAUUAAAUACAUCGCAGUUAUUACGGUAAAUUUUGCCGAAAAAAUAAAUUUUUCAAAGAGGGUCAUUAUUUGUUGGACAACCUAAUAUAAAGCUCUAAUCCCAAUUUGAGCCAAGCGCAAUCAAAAAUCGAUUAUUAUCAGUCUGUCGGGAAAAUAAUGUGGUUUCGUCGCGCCUUGGAACAAGCAAAGUGAUGAGCCCAUCAUCACUUUGCGACCUUUUUUGGGUACGGUGCGGGCCGCGACAAAUGCCCAUGCACUUUAUAAAAAAAACUAUCAGUGUGUCGGGAAAAUAAUGAGAACAAUUUCGAUGCGCAGAUCGUGUCGCUGGAGUGAAAAGAAAUAAAAAUUUUUGUCUGGAUACAAUUCAUUUUCUCGACGGCGAUGCGAUAUGCGACUGAAUGCUCAUUAUUUUCCCGACAGGCUGAUUUGAAAAUACCAACAAAUAUUGUAAGGUACUAAAGGCACUAACAUCCCCUCUAAAACCGACUUACCGACUUGCUUUCAGGUCGUUGAGAUCAAAGGUGGGGUCUGUUUCUUUCUGCCCCUCGGGCCCUUCCGCCACAGCCCCUAUCCCUACAACUUCCUGAUGGCGUCGCUGUUUCUUGGCGCCGUCUACACGACCGUCCUAACGCUGGGCAUGCAAUUCGUCUACAGAUAUUGCGCCCUUUGUCGGACUCCACUCACCGUCCCACAGUUUGCUGCCAUGUAUUUCGCCGGAGUUUCCUCCAUGUUCGCCGCGUCGUUCGCGUCGUUCUUUGUGUUUCGGGGCGUAACUCCGCAAGAUACGGAAAUCCUCCGGCAGCAUCCGGCGUAUCAAGAGGACACUCCCGUUUACAUGGCGGUCGAUCCGGUAAGUUGUGUAGUGGAGUGAAAAGAAAAAUUUUAGUGUGAAUCUUACUAACCGCCGAUUCUUUAGACUUCCGUGCGCUCCACAGCUCAUCUCAUCUUCACACAGGUGAUAAUCUUCGGUGUUUACGUUGUUAUUGUUUAUACGGCGUCAAAGAUCAAUAAAAAGGUUCGCGAUGCCACUGCGGGCAUGAGCAAAUACACCCGGAAGGCGCAUCGCCAACUCAACAAGGUCAUGAUUAUGCAAGUGAGUCGAAAACGUCUAGUUUUCUGUUAAAAGUUUUUUCUGAAACAAUAUCAGUCUGUCGGGAAUGUAAUGUGGACAUUGGCUUGCGACGAGACGAGAGAUUUGUUGCGACGACUCCAUAUUAUUUUCCCGACAGACUGAUAAUGAGUGCUCUGUCGGAUCGAUAAUUAUAGCGCUGCCGAUAAAAUAAAUUGUGUCCCAGCAAAACUAAGUUAAUUUAAAAAACUUUCACUUUUGCGAUCAGCGCUGCGACGUUGAGCUCAUUAUUUUCCCGACAGAACGAUAAUAUUUUAUGAGCGAAACAUAUUAGCAAGUUUUUCUACACUACUUCGAUCCAGCCACACCUCUUCUUUCAGGCGCUAUAUCCAGGCAUCCUUCUCGGCACCCCAGUCAUUGUUGCCUGUGUGGGCGUCGAAUUUCGGCUGGACGUUCCGUGGCUGGGAAUCUACCUUGUUCCGAGUGCGUCGUUGCUCCCCAUUGUCAAUGCGAUCACCGUAAUGACGGUUAUUCCGUCGAUCCGCAAGCGCGUCUUCGGCCGAGGAUGGGCGGACGCUGGGUCGACUUCGAGAGGGGUGUCAACGGAACUGAAGCAACGAAACCUGUCGAAAAGCUUGCCGAAUGUUGAAUUUUGA